AUGGGUAGAUCUAUCUGUCCACUUUUUCUCAUUUUUUCUUUCCAUUUGCAUUUGUUACUCAUUAAUGUAUUUUUCCUAUGUUUUCUUUUUAUUCUUCAUUUCUGUGAUUUUUCUUAUAUAUUUUUUAAUUAUCCUCUGUUUCUUUCUUCUUUCUUUCCCCCCACAUCAUCUUAUUCUUGUUCCUCCCUUUCUCCUCAUCAUCUUUUUUCUCUCUCUUUCAUUUUCCUUUCUUUCAAUUUUUUCAUUUUUCUUUCUUUCAGUUCUUUCAGUUUUUCUUUCAAUUCUUUCAUUUUUUCUUUUCUUUCUUUCAAUUCUUUUUCAUUUUUUCCUUUCUUUCAAUUCUUUUUUUUCUUUUUUUCUUUCUUUUUCUUUCAAUUCUUUCAUCAUUUUCCUUUCUUUCUUUCAAUUCUUUCAUUUUUCCUUUUUUUCUCUCAAUUCUUUCAUUUUUCCUUUCUUUCUCUCAAUUCUUUUAUUUUUCCUUUCUUUCAAUUCUUUCAAUUUUCCUUUCUUUCAAUUCUUUCAAUUUUCCUUUCUUUCAAUUCUUUCAAUUUUUUCUUUUUUUCUUUUUUAAUUUUUUUAUUUUUUUCUUUUCUUUCUUUCAAUUCUUUCAUUUUUCCUUUCUUUUCCUUUCUUUUCUUUCUUUCAAUUCUUUCGUUUUCCCCCCUCAUCAUCUUAUUCUUUUCUUUCAGUUUUUCUUUCAGUUCUUUCAUUUUUCCUUUCUUUCUUUCAAUUCUUUCAUUUUUCCUUUCUUUCUUUCUUUCAAUUCUUUCAUUUUUCCUUUCUUUCUUUCAAUUCUUUCAUUUUUCCUUUCUUUCUUUCAAUUCUUUCAUUUUUCCUUUCUUUCUUUCAAUUCUUUCAUUUUUCCUUUCUUUCUUUCAAUUCUUUCAUUUUUCCUUUCUUUCUUUCAAUUCUUUCAUUUUUCCUUUCUUUCUUUCAAUUCUUUCAUUUUUCCUUUCUUUCUUUCAAUUUUUUUUUUUUCCUUUCUUUCUUUCAAUUCUUUCAUUUUUUCCUUUCUUUCUUUCAAUUCUUUUUUCAUUUUUUUCUUUCUUUCUUUUUCAUUCUUUUCAUUUUUUCCUUUUUCUUUCUUUCAAUUCUUUCAUUUUUUCCUUUCUUUCUUUCAAUUCUUUCAUUUUUUUUUCUUUUUUUUUUUCUUUCAAUUCUUUUUCAUUUUUCCUUUCUUUCUUUCAAUUCUUUCAUUUUUCCUUUCUUUCUUUUUUUCUUCUUUUCAUUUUUCUUUCUUUCUUUCAAUUCUUUCAUUUUUCCUUUCUUUCUUUUUCAUUCUUUCAUUUUUUUUUUUCUUUUUUCAAUUCCUUUCAUUUUCCUUUCUUUCUUUCAAUUCUUUCAUUUUUCCUUUCUUUUCUUUCAAUUCUUUUCAUUUUUCUUUUCUUUCUUUUCAAUUCUUUCAUUUUUCCUUUCUUUUCUUUCAAUUCUUUCAUUUUUUUCUUUCUUUCUUUCAAUUCUUUCAUUUUUUUUCCUUUCUUUCUUUCAAUUCUUUCAUUUUUCUUUCUUUCUUUCAAUUCUUUCAUUUUCCUUUCUUUCUUUCAAUUCUUUCAUUUUUUCCUUUCUUUCUUUCAAUUCUUUCAUUUUUCCUUUCUUUCUUUCUUUCAUUUCAUUUUUCCUUUCUUUCUUUCAAUUCUUUCAUUUUUCCUUUCUUUCUUUCAAUUCUUUCAUUUUUCCUUUCUUUCUUUCAAUUCUUUCAUUUUUCCUUUCUUUCUUUCAAUUCUUUCAUUUUUCCUUUCUUUCUUUCAAUUCUUUUUUUCCUUUCUUUCUUUCAAUUCUUUCAUUUUUCCUUUCUUUCUUUCAAUUCUUUCAUUUUUUUCCUUUCUUUCUUUCAAUUCUUUCAUUUUUCCUUUCUUUCUUUCAAUUCUUUUUUUCCUUUUUUCUUUCUUUCUUUCAAUUCUUUCAUUUUUUCCUUUCUUUCUUUCAAUUCUUUCAUUUUUUUUCCUUUCUUUCUUUCAAUUCUUUCAUUUUCCUUUCUUUCUUUCAAUUCUUUCAUUUUUCCUUUCUUUCUUUCAAUUCUUUCAUUUUCCUUUCUUUCUUUCAAUUCUUUCAUUUUUUCUUUUUCUUUCUUUCAAUUCUUUCAUUUUUUUUCCUUUCUUUCUUUCAAUUCUUUCAUUUUUUCCUUUCUUUCAAUUCUUUCAUUUUUCCUUUCUUUUUUCAAUUCUUUUUCAUUUUCCUUUCUUUCAAUUCUUUCAUUUUUUCCUUUCUUUCUUUCAAUUCUUUUAUUUUUCCUUUCUUUCUUUCAAUUCUUUCAUAUUUCCUUUCUUUCAAUUCUUUCAUAUUUCCUUUCUUUCAAUUCUUUCAAUUUUCCUUUCUUUCAAGUCUUUCAUUUUUCCUUUCUUUCUUUCUUUCAAUUCUUUCAUUUUUCCUUUCUUCCUUUCUUUCAAUUCUUUCAUUUUUCCUUUCUUUCAAUUCUUUCAUUUUUCCUUUCUUUCUUUCUUUCAAUUCUUUCAUUUUUCUUUCUUUUUCAUUUUCCUUUCUUUCUUUUCUUUCAAUUUUCUUUUUCAUUUUUCAUUUUUCUUCUUUCAAUUCUUUCAUUUUUCCUUUCUUUCAAUUCUUUCAUUUUUCCUUUCUUCUUUCAAUUCUUUCAUUUUUCCUUUCUUUCUUUCAAUUCUUUCAUUUUUCCUUUCUUUCUCUCAAUUCUUUUAUUUUUCCUUUCUUUCAAUUCUUUCAAUUUUCCUUUCUUUCAAUUCUUUCAAUUUUCUUUUUUCUUUUAAUUUUUUAAUUUUUCUUUUCUUUCUUUCAAUUCUGUCAUUUUUCCUUUCUUUUCCUUUCUUUCUUUCUUUCAAUUCUUUCGUUUUCCCCCCUCAUCAUCUUAUUCUUGUUCCUCCCUUUCUCCUCAUCCAUCUUUUUUCUCUCUCUUUCAUUUUCCUUUCUUUCAAUUUUUUCAUUUUUCUUUCUUUCAGUUCUUUCAAUUUUUCUUUCAGUUCUUUCAUUUUUCCUUUCUUUCUUUCAAUUCUUUCAUUUUUCCUUUCUUUCUUUCUUUCAAUUCUUUCAUUUUUCCUUUCUUUCUUUCUUUCAAUUCUUUCAUUUUUCCUUUCUUUCUUUCAUUUUUCCUUUCUUUCAUUUUUCUUUUCUUUCUUUCAAUUCUUUCAUUUUUCCUUUCUUUCUUUCAAUUCUUUCAUUUUUCCUUUCUUUCUUUCAAUUCUUUUUUCAUUUUUCCUUUCUUUCUUUUUCAAUUCUUUCAUUUUUUUUCUUUUCUUUCAAUUCUUUCAUUUUUCCUUUCUUUCAAUUCUUUCAUUUUUCCUUUCUUUCAAUUCUUUAAUUUUUCCUUUCUUUCAAUUCUUUCAUUUUUCCUUUCUUUCUUUCAAUUCUUUCAUUUUUUUCCUUUCUUUCUUUCUUUUUUCUUUCAUUUUUUCCUUUCUUUCUUUCAAUUCUUUCAUUUUUCCUUUCUUUCUUUCAAUUCUUUUCAUUUUUCCUUUCUUUCUUUCAAUUUUUUUCAUUUUCCUUUCUUUCUUUUUUUCUUUUUUUUUUCCUUUUUUUCUUUUCUUUUCUUUCAUUUUUCCUUUCUUUCUUUCAAUUCUUUCAUUUUUUUUCUUUUUUUCAUUUUUCCUUUCUUUCUUUCAUUUUUCCUUUCUUUCUUUCAUUUUUCCUUUCUUUCUUUCAUUUUUCUUUUCUUUCUUUCAUUUUUCUUUUCUUUCUUUCAUUUUUCCUUUCUUUCUUUCAAUUCUUUCAUUUUUCCUUUCUUCCUUUCUUUCAAUUCUUUCAUUUUUCCUUUCUUUCAAUUCUUUCAUUUUUCCUUUCUUUCAAUUUUCCUUUCUUUCAAUUUUUUCAUUUUUCCUUUCUUUCUUUCAAUUCUUUUUCAUUUUUCCUUUCUUUCUCUCAAUUAUUUUUCCUUUCUUUCUUUCAAUUUUUCAUUUUUCCUUUCAUUCUCUCAAUUCUUUUUCCUUUCUUUUCUUUCAAUUCUUUCAAUUUUUUUCUUUCAAUUUUUCAAUUUUUCUUUUUUUCUUUUUUUUUUUUAAUUUUUUUUCUUCUUUCAAUUCUUUCAUUUUUUCUUUUUCAGUUCUUUUCAAUUCUUUCUUCUUUCAUUUUUCCUUUCUUUCUUUCAAUUUCUUUUCAUUUUUCCUUUCUUUUCUUUCUUUCAAUUCUUUCAUUUUUCCUUUCUUUCUUUCAAUUCUUUCAUUUUUUCCUUUCUUUUUUUUUUUUUUCAAUUUUCUUUUCUUUUUUUUUUUCUUUUCUUUUCAUUUUUCUUUUUCAUUUUUUCCUUUUUUUUUUUUCUUUUUCUUUCAUUUUUUUUCUUUUCUUUCAAUUCUUUCUUUUUCCUUUCUUUCUUUCAAUUUUUCAUUUUCCUUUCUUUCUUUCAAUUCUUUCAUUUUUCCUUUUCUUUCUUUCAAUUCUUUUCAUUUUUCCUUUCUUUCUUUUUCAUUUUUCUUUCAUUUUUCCUUUCUUUCAUUUUCUUUCUUUCUUUUUUUCAAUUUUUUCAUUUUUCCUUUCUUUCUUUCUUUUCAAUUCUUUCAUUUUUUUCUUUCUUUUUUCAAUUCUUUCAUUUUCCUUUCUUUCUUUCUUUCAAUUCUUUUCAUUUUUCCUUUCUUUCUUUCAAUUCUUUCAUUUUUUCCUUUCUUUCUUUCAAUUCUUUCAUUUUUCCUUUCUUUCUUUCAAUUCUUUCAUUUUUUUCUUUCUUUUUUUCAUUCUUUCAUUUUCCUUUCUUUCCAAUUCUUUCAUUUUUCUUUUUUUUCAAUUUUUUUUCUUUUUUUCUUUUUUCUUUUUCUUUUCCUUUCUUUCUUCUUUCAUUUUUCCUUUCUUUCUUUCAAUUCUUUCUUUCAUUUUCCUUUCUUUCUUUUUCAAUUCUUUCAUUUUCCUUUCUUUCUUUCAAUUCUUUUUUUCCUUUCUUUCUUUCUUUCAAUUCUUUCAUUUUUCCUUUCUUUCUUUCUUUUUUCCUUUCUUUCUUUUUUUUUUCCUUUCUUUCUUUCAUUUUUUCUUUUUCUUUCUUUCAAUUCUUUUCAUUUUUUUUCUUUCUUUUUCAAUUCUUUCAUUUUUUCCUUUUUUCUUUCUUUUCUUUCUUUCAUUUUUCCUUUUUUUCCUUUCUUUUCAAUUCUUUCAUUUUUCCUUUCUUUCAAUUCUUUAAUUUUUCCUUUCUUUCAAUUCUUUCAUUUUUCCUUUCUUUCUUUCUUUCAAUUCUUUUUCAUUUUUCCUUUCUUUCAAUUCUUUCAUUUUCCUUUCUUUCAAGUCUUUCAAUUUUCCUUUUUUUUCUUUCAUUUUCUUCCUUUCUUUCUUUCAAUUCUUUCAUUUUUCCUUUCUUUCAAUUCUUUCAUUUUUCCUUUCUUUCUUUCAAUUCUUUCUUUCAAUUCUUUCAUUUUUCCUUUCUUUCAAUUCUUUCAUUUUUCCUUUCUUUCUUUCAAUUCUUUUAUUUUUCCUUUCUUUCUUUCAAUUCUUUCAUAUUUCCUUUCUUUCAAUUCUUUCAUAUUUCCUUUCUUUCAAUUCUUUCAUUUUUCCUUUCUUUCUUUCAAUUCUUUCAUAUUUCCUUUCUUUCAAUUCUUUCAUUUUUCCUUUCUUUCAAGUCUUUCAUUUUUCCUUUCUUUCAAGUCUUUCAUUUUUCCUUUCUUUCUUUCUUUCAAUUCUUUCAUUUUUCCUUUCUUUCAAUUCUUUCAUUUUUCCUUUCUUUCAAUUCUUUCAUUUUUCCUUUCUUUCUUUCAAUUCUUUCAUUUUUCCUUUCUUUCAAUUCUUUCAUUUUUCCUUUCUUUCAAUUCUUUCAUUUUUCCUUUCUUUCAAUUCUUUAAUAUUUCCUUUCUUUCUUUCAAUUCUUUCAUAUUUCCUUUCUUUCUUUCAAUUCUUUCAUAUUUCCUUUCUUUCAAUUCUUUCAAUUUUCCUUUCUUUCAAUUCUUUCAUUUUUCCUUUCUUUCAAUCUUUCAAUUUUUUCUUUUUUCUUUUAAUUUUUUAAUUUUUCCUUUCUUUCUUUCAAUUCUUUCAUUUUUCCUUUCUUUUUCCUUUCUUUCAAUUCUUUCGUUUUUCCUUUCUUUCAAUUCUUUCGUUUUUCCUUUCUUUCAACUUUUUCGUUUUUCCUUUCUUUCUUUCAAUUCAUUCGUUCAAUUCUUUCGUUUUUCCCUUUUUUUUUCAAUUCUUUCGUUUUUCCUUUCUUUCUUUCAAUUCUUUCGUUUUUCCUUUCUUUCUUUCAAUUCUUUCAUUUUUUCUUUCUUUCUUUCAAUUCUUUCGUUUUUUUUUAUUCUUUCAUUUUUUUCUUUUUUGUCUCUUUCUCUUCGAUCUUAA